CUUGGACCUGACUACAGCGUUCGUUGCAGUGGAACCUCGACUUGAGUUCAGGGCGUGUGAUAUGGUCGAAAAUUCGAUGACGUAGGCGAUCCAAGAUGCCAUACCGGUAUGCCAUUGUGUGCAUGUCGGCUUUGAAUCUCAUACAUGCCAAUCUUGUUGAGACAUGCCGUUGUCGAUGCCGUUGCCGACUCACGCGGCAGUCACUCGCCUUGUGGCUUCAAUUUUACCUUUUAAGGAGAACGAUGUCCCGCUACUUUACCACGUUCCGCGAAGACGCCGUUAUGACUCCGAACUUGCCUUUCUUGACCGCAUUGUCCUUUCAAUAACUCCUACGCCUGGGGUGUAUCCCUUCAUCAGCCACACUGAAGCAUACCACCCGCCGCGUACGGUAUGUUUCCUACAUCGACCCUGGCAACUCGACCGAGGCGCGGUGCGUGGAGACACGCUCGUGCUUUCGAGCCACACGUCUUUCGAUGAGAAUCUGACGGUGGGGUGGAACCCAACGUUGGCAACACGACUUGGAAUGGCAGAAGAGAAUUGGUUCUGUGUGCAAGGCUAUAAGGGCGAUCCAACAAGAAAGAUAGGCAUCGUAGGCGCUGUGUCAAUACCGCGCGACACAAUCCUUGAACACAUGAAGCGCGAAUUUGGGCAGACGGAAUUGAUUCAGGCAGGGCAAUCUGACGAGAUACGUGUCGUGGCAAUCAUGAACGCAUUCAAUGAAGAAGAAGUAAUGCGCGUAUUAGACAUGGCGCAAGAGCGUGAAUGGGUGCCAGACGCAAGCUUUGAGGCUCGAGGGCGGCAUGUGCUCUAUCUAACAGGUCAGCCUCGUGAGAGUGGGAUGCUUGCAGCUACCGCAUUGGGUCUGACGGUCGCGUGCGUUGGACAUCGAACUACUGAGGAAUGGGGGAUCCGAUUCCUGGCUGCGGCACUCAGGACCGCAUUCUCCAAUGUGCUGGUUGAGGAAGUGUACGAAGAGGAGGAGCCUAUAGCUCGGAAGCCAGAGAAAGAGAUAGUCGCCCCUGCUUCGACACCCGUAGAGGCCGUGUAAGAAAUAACACCUGCCAGUUGAAGUACAUGUGCCUUCUACACAGAUCUAGCCGGUUUGAUUGUUGAGCAAGGGCGUUAGGAGUGGCCAUUGAUGGACGACUAAUUGCUGCGAUUGCAAAGCGCUGGCAGUCACAUAAGCAGACGCCUAACACGAUACAGUAAUAGAGCGACACACACAAAGAACACGAGACGAGGCUUCCUGCUGU